UGGAUUUAUCCGCGGUUUGCCGACCAGUCGAAUGUUUGCUGUUCGUCUGUCAGUGAGCCAAAUCCGGUAGGUCGAAUAGUGAUGAGUAAAUUUUCAUGGGUUGUUUCACUGGCUUUCGACUUGAAUAACCGCCUCCACCGAACUUUCUCCAAAAUACAAUUGGAAAAAAGUUGCUGCUCAUCUUAUUGGAUCUUUUUAGGGGCCUUUUUAAAUAAAAUCUUAACCUGUUGAAUUAAUAUGCGUUAUAUUAUCGUUUUAACUCUCUUGAUGAUUCUGCAACGAUAACACAAACAGUAUUCAAAAUAAUCACUUGAUCACAAAUACGUAAUAUAAGGUUGAAAGUUGCUCACUAAAACAGCGACUCAGCCUUUUAAAAUACCUGUGUGAUAACUUUAUAACCUUAUAGCUGCGGAAACAUAUUGUUAUUUUAUAGUAUUGCACUGUCUGCUAAAUCCUAACACCUGUUACUUUGUAGACACCUGUCGCGUUCCACAAGCAAAGUUGAAAAUCGAUUACAUGGUGUAUCCACCUUACAUUGAUUAUCCAAUUGGACACAAUUUCCGUCCAAAAGGUAUUUUAAUGGAUUUAACUGAACAAAUGCUGCUGACAUGUGCUCACAAUUGCACUUCAUUCAAUCAAAGUGUUUACAUCUCUUACAAUCGCGUUGAUUUGAAUUCAUUCAGUGAUAUAAAGAAUUUUACUGUAAAUGGCACUGGAUUGCAAAUGCCAAGAAUGGACACUGGAAAAUACACAUACGGUUAUUCGCAUAUAGCGAUAGUCACUACGCCUGGUUUUGUACUGCUUGAAGUUCCGGAUGAUGCAGUAGAAGCUGCUACAAAAGCAGAGACAAAGCUAUUUCAUGGCAUUCUCGAUGCGUUGCCAUUAUGUGGUCUGUUCAUUCUAUUGAAUUCUCUGUUUGGUGCUCUAUUUUGGUUUUGUGAGCCAACAAAAGUCGAACACAAAGGACGCGGAAUAUCUAUUCGCGGAUUAUUUGAAGGAUUAUAUUUAGCUGUAAUGACAAGUACCACGGUUGGGUAUGGUGAUAAGGUACCAGAGACUACAAGGGGACGCGCAUACAUUGUGAUUUGGACACUUCUUGGUUUGGUGUUAACUGGAAUCGUAACUGGCAGUCUUUCUUCUGCUAUGUCAGUAUCAGUAAUUGCUUCUAUAUCUCAAAAAUUUCCAGAAGAUAAGAUAUUGGCAUUGUAUGGAACAUCGGAAUAUGCUUAUGGGAAGAAAAAUGCUAAAAACUUUGACACACAUACACCAUACCAAUCUUAUGAAGAAGUGUUGUCACCCUUGCAUCAGCAAUCUGUAAAGUACGCCUUGCUGGAUAGGUAUGUCGCUGAAGCACUUAAACUUAAUAUCUCUGCCUAUGGCUUGUUUGUUAAAAAAGCUUUUAAUGUACCAACUGAUUUUGGUGUGGCUGCAUUUGGUGAGAUGGAAAAACUAAAAGUGUGUGGAAGAAAAUUUGCAGCGGAUAACACUUUUGUUUCCGACGCAGCUAUUGCAGAGCUUUUGAAGAAAUACAGUGAUAUCAAGACAUCAAAGCCAAGCGGCAAUACACCAAUCGAUAUUAUCAGCUGGCAAGCGAAAAUGUACAACUACAUCUUAAAGAUUUUAUUGGUACUUUUCCUGACGUUCUUUGUGUUUGGUCUCAUUUACGAAGUGUUCAGACGAAGAAGAAUAAAGAAAUUAAGAGGAAAAGUGCAUACAACUUUAGAGAUAAAAGAACAGCUUCAUAGGGAGUUAAAGCUCUUGGCUCGGAACACAAUACAAGAAUUUCGCGACAUGAUUGAGCGUGUGGAUGAUUUGAUUGAAAAAUUGAACUACAAACAUGGCAAAGAAUUGUUGAAGAUGCGAACAGAAAUGUCGAAAAAGUAUGGCGUCAAUUUUAAGUAUGUGAGACCAAGUGAGCUGGGUGUGCCAUUGGAGAAAAUUCUAGAAUAUAAGGAAGAUCUCAAAAAUAAACCUAAGGAAACAAUUUUCCUUAAAGUAAGGAGAUUCAAGGUUCUGGUUUUUGGUCAUCUUGGUCGAAUCUUUCGAUUAUUCAGAUGAAACUAAUGCUGACAUGAAAAUAAAAGAAACAAUAAUUGUAUAUAAAACAGUUUUAACUGAACAGAUAGUAGUAUUGACUGCUUAAUUAUGUAAAAAAAAUAACGUCAACACGAUAUUUUACGUUUUAAUUACUGUACAAUUAUAUAACUAUAGAGCACUGAUUUUAUGGAAAGGAUAAACCCAUUACAAUAUCAAUUCAUGUUCAGCGAAGUGAUGCACACAAAGUUUGUUUACAUCAUUUAUUUCUGAAACUAAGUUGUUAACUGGUGUAACUAUAAACUUUUGUUUUAUAUUUUUUCUGUUGUUUAGCUAGCUAGCUAGUUGUUUGUUUUGUAUUGUGUAUUUUGCACUGGUAUUUAAUGUAUUACAUUAGGUAACACGUCUACUUAUAUGGUCAUCGUCCGCCCCUCUUUUCACAAGCAUAGUUGUCAAUAAUGUAGACAAGUAAGAGAAUCUGUUGGCAGUGCCAAAAAUUGGAGAAAUGCUUACCUAGGCUGGUUAAAGAUAACUUUGCUUCUAAGGAAAGGGGAGGGUGAGAUAGGGCAGUAAGUGCCGAAGAAAAUAUUUGGAGAAAAUAAGAAAGCGAAGAAUGAUUUCUUUUAGUAGAACGGAAAUCAAGAUCUUUGAGAAAAUUCUAUCGAAAAUAUUUCACUUACUUUUGUCUGAGAUAGUGCUACAAUGUUGAGAAAAAUUGAUGGUUUAUUCAUGGUUUAUUCAUGUGUUUUUUUAAAUAACAUUAUGACUGUAUACGCUGUGUGGUUUUAGCUUAAAAAGUAGUUGAGGUGUCAAGACAUAGGAUUUAAGUGAGUAAAAAUGCCUUUUUAACUUAGUGGAAACUAUCCUUCAAGUAAGUAACUUUCGGCUUCGACUUUGCUAAAACAGAAAACCUGUUUUGUAAGUUAGUCCUAGCUGCAUUUUAAAAAAGCGUUCCAUGUUUAUAAUAUUGU